AUGCCAGAAGUUAGGGAUUGGCGUCAGUUAGCGAAGACGCGAUUGGAAUACGAACUAUUGACGAAUGAAUUGUUUCAUCUAUGGGAGUUUACGUCGUUGGUAGAAUACGAUCCGUUGUUCCGCAACACGAGUAACAGUUUUAAAACUUUUUUACAGGAAAGGGGUCUUGAUGUUGAGUCCAGCCUAGAGCAAGAUGAUAUGAAAGAGAGUAAUGCAUCAAGACGAUUGAAAAGAAGAAAUGUCAUUUCUGGAACAGCAGACUCGUCAUCAGAUAAGAAUAACAUAUGGGGCCAGGUCAUGCCGUUGGUAGAUCAAGAGUACAGUGAGUUGCAGGAAAAGUUAAGGGCGUCUGUAUGUGGCCGUAGAGGCAGGAAGAGAACACAACAAGUGGCAUCAGUCCCGGCGGAAAGUGAGGAGGAUGUAGCGGUACCGAGACCCAACAAGAAAAGACAAACGGUGGUUACUGCUCAGGGCUCUGCACAGAAUAAGUUAAACACUCCUGUGGUAUCUUCUCCCAAAAAAUCAUUGAAACAGACUGCAGACAAGAAAUCAAAACUGAAUAAAAGAGACUCGAGUACUAAUGAUAUAUCUGUUGAAUCGGAAGACCCACCUGUCAAAGAUAUAACCAAUACAGGACAAGGUAAAUCGAAGGCUAGAUUAAAGUCAUCGAAGGCUAAAUCAAAAAAAAGAGCUGUGAAAUCACAAACGGAACUUGUGAGAAAACAGUCACCAGAGAUUAAAAAUGAAUCUAAAAGGACGAAAGCAGACCCUACGCACACUAAUGACGAUGGCAAUGAUAAUAGAAAAACCAAUAACAAAAGCAAAAAUAUUAUAAACAAUAAUGAAAGUGGACUUAAAACUUCUCUUAACACUACUGGGGACAUUAUUGAUGAUGAAGAGUAUUACUUUACUAGUUCGUCAGAAGAUGACGAUAAUGAAAAACCACGUACUGCACUCCAGAAGAAAAGCCUACCAAAUAGAUUGAAAGUUAAAUUACAUGUAAAUGCACCUCGCCAAACCAUUACCAAUCCUCUGCAUGUUCUUAAACCAGAGUACGCUGACGUGCAUUCCUUUUUGCAAUCAUAUAAAUCUCUUGAUGAAGAUGUUAGUCUGGAGGAAUACGAUUCAUACAUAAAGGAACAACGGAAGACUGCCAAACUCAUACGGAUAGGGUUCGAAAGGGGAGCGAUUAAAUAUGAUCCACAAACAGAUUCGUUGCAAUCUUUGUCUCUCAGAGAUGUUAUGCCUCCAUCAAACGCCGCUGAACCCAUAUCCGUAUAUUAUAAAGAACAAAGUAAGCAUACUUUCCAAGAUCAUCUUGUUAACCAAGGAAUUGUAUUAAGUAAAUCUUUCCAAGAUUCAAGACGUUCACAGAUCGCUAAGGCACGUAGAGUGGCACAGAUAAUCGAAUCUCAUUUCAAACACAUCGCUGGUGCAGAAGAACGUAAACUGAAAGAAGAAGAAAAGCGCAAAAAAAAUCUAGCCCGGUUUGCAAUGCAAGCCGUCAAGAAAAGAUGGACAAUGGCUGAAAAAGCAUACAAAGUCUUGAAAAAGGAUGAACUUGAUCAACUAGAAAGGAUUCAAGGAAAGCAACAUUUGACAGAGAUGUUGGAGCAGAGUACACAGCUUCUCGGUGCUCAGUUAAACCAAUUGGAUUCUUGUACAUAUCCUUCAGAAGCAUCUGAUGCAAGCUCUGAAUUUUCCGCCAAUGAAGAAUCUGAUGGCAAUUCUGAUAUAGAUGAUGAAAUGAUGAGUACAUCGUCCUGCGACUCUGAUAAAGAAGGUAAUACGGAAAGGAUUGGAAAUGAUAUGGAACUUUCUGUAGAAGAAUUACGGUCCAAAUACGCACAAUUGAAUAAAAUCAAUGAUUUUGGCAAUGAAACUAGUAAGAGUGCUGCAGACGAAUCAAUUUUUGAUGAAGCAUCUGAUUCUGUUUCAGAUUCUAUGGAAGAUUCGUUGAGCUCGUCCGAAAGUGAAACGGAGGAUGCUGAUGCUUCUGCGCAAGAGGAUACCCCAGGAUUAUCUGCUCUUCUUGGUAAUAUUGAUGAGAACGAAGAAGAUGUGGAGGCUGAUGUAAACUUUGAUGCAGAUAGUAGCUCUGAUGACGGACUUGAUGGCGAUAGUUCAGGCGCCGAGAAUAAUUCAAAAACGGAAGAAUUGCCAUCUCCACCAAAGUCUGACAAUGAAUUAAAAGAUGAAAAAGCUGAAACUACAGAAAGUGUUACUUCACCCGCUGCUGCAGACCCUUUAGCUGUAUCGGACGUUCCAGUACCUUCCUUAUUGCGUGGAACACUAAGAAUAUAUCAAAAGCAAGGUUUAAAUUGGUUAGCAUCGCUGUACAAUAAUAAGACCAAUGGUAUUUUAGCUGAUGAGAUGGGUUUAGGGAAAACUAUUCAAACUAUUUCACUUUUAGCGUACCUCGCCUGUGAGAAAGAAAAUUGGGGUCCUCAUUUAAUUGUUGUGCCAACUUCCGUUCUUUUGAACUGGGAAAUGGAAUUCAAGAGGUUUGCUCCUGGCUUUAAAGUUUUGACAUACUACGGUUCCCCCCAGCAGAGACGGGAAAAGCGUAAAGGAUGGAACAAACCUGAUGCGUUUCAUGUUUGCAUUACUUCUUAUCAGUUGGUAGUUCAUGAUCAACAUUCAUUCAAGCGUAAAAAAUGGCAAUAUAUGAUCCUUGACGAAGCCCAUAAUAUUAAAAAUUUCAGAUCAACUCGUUGGCAAGCCCUUUUGAAUUUCAAUACUGAAAGGAGGCUUCUACUUACUGGUACUCCACUACAAAAUAAUCUAGCUGAACUUUGGUCCCUACUAUAUUUCCUAAUGCCACAAACAGCACUUGAAAAUGGUAAAGUUUCUGGUUUUGCUGACUUAGAUGCAUUUCAGCAAUGGUUUGGUAGACCAGUUGACAAAAUUGUCGAAACAGGAGAAAACUACGAACAAGAUGAAGAGACUAAAAAGACAGUGUCGAAAUUACACCAGGUUUUACGGCCAUACUUACUUCGUAGGUUGAAAGCGGAUGUCGAAAAACAAAUGCCAGGAAAAUAUGAGCAUAUAAUCUACUGUCGGCUAUCUAAAAGGCAACGAUUUUUAUAUGAUGAUUUUAUGUCAAGAGCUCAGACCAAGGAAACUCUUGCCAGUGGUAACUUUAUGUCCAUUAUCAACUGUUUGAUGCAACUAAGAAAAGUUUGCAAUCAUCCAGAUUUAUUCGAAGUUAGACCUAUUUUGACUUCAUUUUGCAUUGAGGAUUCGGUUUCAAAGUCGUAUUGCGACCUUAAUAACUACGUUUACAACCGUCUACAUGAAAAUCAGUUUGAAACUUCGGUAGACUUAUCCAACUUGAACUUUCAGUUCACUUCGAAUGAUAAAACUUUGAGCACCAACCACUCUGAGAAGAUCAGUGAACUUCAAUGUGUACAGCCGAUUUUGAAAGAGAUAAGUAGAUUGAAACAACUCAAUGAAAACGAUUCACCUGUAACACAGCCUGACUUUCAAGAUCUAAAUCAAUAUUAUUCCUACGCAAAGCAUAACAAGAUCAAUGAGAUAAUAGGUCAAUUGGAACAUCUCAACUACAUGAACAAUUUGAGAUGUAACAGAAGACCAAUGUACGGAUCUAAUAUCGUGAAGCUACUAACAGUUGGUCCAAAGAAAUUCAUUGAUUGUGAACUCACACAGGAAUCCAUAAAACCAUUAGAAACAAGAUUGUUGGAGGGUAAAGAAACCAUCGAAAAGUUUGCAGUGAUCACUCCUCCAGUUGUAACCUUAGACAUCAGAGAGAGGGCAGUAGGAGUGGAUGAUAAUAACAAGCGGUUUGAAGAGUCUGUGAAGCAUCAUUUAGUCUCCCAGAUGAGAUCGCUAGAAAACCCAUUCCACCAAUUACAAACAAAGUUAUCGGUUGCUUUCCCUGAUAAAUCUCUUUUACAAUACGAUUGUGGUAAACUACAGAAAUUGGCACAAUUACUACAAAACUUAAAGGACAAUGGUCACAGGGCUUUGAUAUUUACUCAAAUGACAAAAGUCCUAGAUAUCUUGGAACAAUUUUUGAAUUUUCAUGGUUAUCUAUACAUGCGAUUAGAUGGUGCUACCAAAAUUGAAGAUCGUCAAAUCUUAACUGAAAGGUUUAACAGCGAUCCCAGAAUUACUGUUUUCAUUCUUUCAAGUAGAUCAGGAGGUCUUGGUAUUAAUCUAACAGGUGCUGAUACCGUCAUUUUCUAUGAUUCAGACUGGAAUCCAGCAAUGGAUAAACAGUGCCAAGAUCGUUGUCACAGAAUUGGUCAAACAAGAGAUGUCCAUAUUUACAGAUUCGUAAGCGACCACACCAUCGAAAGUAAUAUUUUGAAGAAGGCAAACCAAAAGAGGCACUUGGACAACGUUGUCAUCCAAACAGGUGAUUUCACCACAGACUACUUCACUAAGCUAUCUGUGAAGGACUUACUUGGUGCAGAAGCCCCAGAGGAUAUACCUGACGAUAAACCACUACUUCAAGAUCAGAAAAACCUAAACAAGUUACUCGCGCAAGCAGAGGAUGAAGAUGACGCAAAGGCCGCAAAAUCUGCAUUGAGGGAGGUCAAUGUCGAUAAUGAAGAUUUCCAAGAGGGAAGUGUUGCCGCACAGGAUGGAAAUAGCGACAACGAAAACAACGAAGAUUCCGAGGAUGAAUACGGUGGAACCAGCCAUGUAGAAGAAUACAUGGUCAGAUUCAUUGCCAAUGGAUUCUACUACUGA